AUGGCCGCGCAACGGGAACACCGCCUGAUAUCUACAAUCUUUGCGCGAACACUUAUGGAUCGACGCUAUUUCCAUGGUAUCAGAGCGGCAGCAGCACGUGCUUUAGUAAAGCAUGCAAAGGAAGAGAUCGAUUGGCUUGGGUUAUUUCACCUAGAAAAAGCGUUCCAGGAGCUCUUCUGCUUGCCAGGUUCCCCAAUGACUCGAUCAAACGACUUUUCCGACCGGGCGGCGUAUGUCCUGCAACUAGUCAUACCCGAUGCGAUAUCCAAAGUGCGCGACAACAAUGGCAAGACUCCAGCGAGGGUCAAGCGGUUUCUGUACGACAAGCUCAAGUUUAACGACAACUCGAACAACGAGUACUCGGAUAAUUUCUAUGUUGCAACACUGAUGAAAGCCCUGUGCCACGCAAUGCUGGGGCGGGUUGAAACACGCACCGACGAUAUCAGUGAUUUCGAUAUGGAAGCACUUCUUGAAGCUCAGGCGGAAGAACAGCUGGAGAAAGACGCCGUGGCAGAAAUAGAUCGCUACCGAAGAAUGGACGAAUGGUCUAGCUCGUUCCAAAACGUCUAUUCACGUGCGGCUCUACACUGCCAGAUGCAGCUUAUGCAAGCGAAAAUUGUCGAUUUCGACAUCAUGCAGUUCCUUCCCUAUACCCGGGUAGGCACCUAUGACCUUCUUCGUCUAGAUGCAUUCGAAUGUCUCGUUGAGCUUGAUAUUUUCUCAAGCCCUGAACUGCUCCGAUGGUUCGUCUUCACCAUGUCCAACGACCCAUCGGUAUGGCUUAGAUGGCGGCUGCAUGGCCUGUUCGGAAAAGCACUUGCGCCUGUCGCAUUUGGCCGCAGCGUGGUUCAUGAAACUUCCGCUGCAGCAGAUGGCCUGAUCAUUGAACAAGAGUCGUCAACAGAGGUCCGCCAGGCGGAUCUCGCCCGUCGACAAACCGUUACCGGGGCUUUGGCGGCCCUCAAGGCCGAGGCUGCCAACGAUCAAGUACUCAAAGAAUGUUUAUGGGCUGCGUGCAACUCCCCGAUCAUCGGGGUUUUAGAGCUAUCCGAAUUCGCGGACCUAUGCAGAGUCAUAUAUGACCCCAUAACCACCAAGAAGGUUGCCCUAAAAUUCCCGCGGUACUGGGGCGUCAAACACCUAGGGAAGGGCCGCCUGCACUUCUUCCGCACCGCGAAAAUCCGCACAUCCCUCCACCCCGCCAAAGACACCUCAUCAGCUUCCUCUACUAAACGCAAACGCGAAGACCAAGGGGCCCCAUCAGCCCCAGGUCCCCGAAUUACAUUCAAACAAUCAAAACUCGCCCCUCCCCCUCCUUCCACUCCCUCCUCCUCAACAACAACCACGGCAACCCCAGGCCACCAUGUUCCAAAACCAAAACUCCAUAUACCGAAUUUCCCCAAGUCCACUCUGCCACAUCCACCAGUGCUCGGUGGAACUACUACACCCACGACUCCCGCAACGCCUGGUGGCGGGCUCAAGCUGAAGCUGAAGAUUGGGCCGCAGCCGAAACAUUAG